GGACACUUGUGCAAUAACCUAAUAACAAAUAGUUUGAAAAUUAAAUUUACAGAUACAUAUUAAAAACUACUUUCCAGAGAACAUUUCCUUGUCUCUCUAUUUCACAAAGGUGGGACUGCGGAAGAGCCAUGCGAACCACAGGGAAGAGGGGCCCUGUUCCAUGGGGAGUAAGAGACCAUUACCACAGAACCACUCCCAGAGCAAGUGCCUCCAAAGUGUCCUGAAGGAAAUGGAGCUCAUCCGGAGCUCCAGGGAUGGGCAAAUCGAAGAAGCAAUCAGGUUCAACCAGGAGCUGGAAAGGGAGCUGAGGAGCUCCCAGGAAGCCCUGGUCAGUCUGGAGGACUGCAACCGUAACCUGAAGAGGGAACAGGCAGAGAUGAGGAGGAAGGUGGAAGAGGCGAGACACGCCGUCCUGAACAGCCUUGGCAAAGUGAGGGAGCUGGAAGUGAAAGCCAACGAGGUGCCACGUCUGCAAACACACAUCCAGCAGCUGGAAUCGGAACUGCAGCACUACAGGUCGGGGGUGGAGAGGAGCCUCCCGGAGCAGCAGGAGGGUGCAGGGACCCGCUGUCCCGUGGGGCGGCAGAGCCGCGGAUCCCCCGCCGGAGGAGCCGGGACUGCUGAGUGUGAUGAAAAGACCUGGAAAAAGCUGAUGUCUUACUUGGAGAGCAGCAGCACUGCUGGCUGUGAGGCUGACACAGCCCCUGCAGAGCCCCCCAGGAGGCUCCCACAGCUCCCGGGGCAGCUGGAGCUCAGGGGCCAUGGAGGGGAAAAACUGGAACCAGACAUGGAAGAGGUGACAGGGCCACUGCUGGGGGAGCUGCAGCAGAAGGUGGAGGAGGCCGAGCUGCUGAAGAUGGAGCUGCAGAUGCUGGAGACGGAGAGAGUGAGGCUGUCACUGGUGGAAGAAAAGCUCAUGGAUGUUUUACAGCUUCUUCAACAGCUCCGAGACUUGAACAUCUCCAAGAGAGCCCUGGGGAAAAUGUUGCUGAGCACUUUGGAAUCCUGCCAUGCCCCUCAACCUGGCAAAGCUCACCUAUUUGAAGUCCUGGAUACCCUUCAGCAGGAGCUGGCAGCCUGUGAACUCCUGCACCAGGAGCCUGUGGAGCAGGGGCAGAGCCCCCAGUCCCUGUCCAACGCCCUGGUGAUCUCGUGCUGAGCCGCAGCACCAGCGACACUGCCCAGCCCAGCACCCCCUGGGCACCACACAGAGGGGGGACAUUGGCCAGCUCAGCCUCCCCACACUGCCCAAGAGCACCUGAGGGAUCCAGCCCUGCUGUCCAAGCUGUGGUGCCCUGGGAAGGGCAGCACUUCCCCUGGGAGAGCAGCAGUUCCUCGGCUGAUCCCAGCCCUGUCUUGGUGAGGGUUCAGUGCCCGUCUCCAUGGAACCUCCCCAUCCCUGGAGGUGGCUCUGGGACUGUCCUGAUUCACCAAAUAAAACUGUUCCAGACACACUCACCUGACCACUGAGAUUUCCAGCCCUGUGAGCUGGGCACAGUUUUUAGCUUCUGUGACAGCCUGUGUUAUCCCUGGCAAGGAAACAGCUUCCUGAAUGUACCAGUGACAGUGACUGUGUUACAAACACACACAGCAGUGGGGGCCAGUAGCACAAGUUUUAAGGGCUUUGUAUUUCUGAUUCAGUUAUUCACAUUAUUUAACUCUGAAGUCAGAUUUGUUAUUGCUCUGCUGAAUUUUGUAUUUGCAAUUGCAGAGAUGCCUUAGAAAUCUGCAACAGUCUCUCCUGACAAUAGUCAGACUUUACAUAAAAAGUCAAAUUUAACUGCUUGAAAAACGUCCAAAGCAAUCUUGUUCCCAGACUCUCAGGGAAAGGAAGGGUUGGAAAAUUCCCUGUGCAACAGCUGUUGUUGUCGUGUUGGCAAAGACAUGUGCGGGGCACAACUUGGUUCUCAAGUGUAAUUUCUCUCAGUGCAACUGAACUGACACAAAGCCAGACCCCACAUGCAGGAAAAUUAGUGUCAAAAGCUGGGCCUAAUCACAGUGCCACACAACGUUUUAACCAGCAAUAAAAUAAUUCCUGGGGACAAAAGUACAAAAAUAGGUUGAUUUCAAGAUGCUUUUGCUGUUUCAUUCAGCUGUCAAACACGGAAGUUAAAGCAGCAGAGUUCCUAAAUGAUCCCACUGAAUUUAUGUCAUUAAAGGAUGCACUGUAGAUCAUUUAGGAAUGUGGAAUGAUUUGCCUGAGAGAACGCCAGCCAGGAAAUAAGACCAUUCAACUGCGCCUGUAUGAUUUUCUCCCAUGAAAAUGGUUUUAUACAGGAAUAAGGUCCACAAUGCAGUCUGGGGAAUAAGAAGAUUUCUAUUCUUUCCCUUCAGAAUACACUGUGUAGCUCACACACAACUCCAUUAAAAAUUGUGAUACAUCAGAGCCCUGUUGGCAACCAAAAUUUGCAUUAUUUUCAUUUUACAGGAGAAAAAAAGAUGUUUUGCAAACAAUGAAACAAACUCUAUUCACUGGGGUUUUACCUGGUUGAGUGUUUGUGGUUUGGGUUUUUUGUAGUUUAACAGAGGAAGAAUUUAAGAAUAGACGUAUAUUGUUAAUGUACAUUUUUCAUAAAGACAAAUUAGAGAGGACAUACAUACAUAGAGCAAUAUUCACCCUGUAAGAAACUGUCUACUAAUACUAAAUAUAUUACUAACAUAA